UCCGCUAUGUCUGGAAGAGGGAAGGGCGGCAAAGGCUUGGGCAAGGGUGGCGCUAAGCGCCACCGCAAGGUUUUGAGAGAUAACAUCCAAGGCAUCACCAAGCCCGCCAUCCGGCGUCUUGCUCGGCGCGGGGGUGUCAAGCGCAUCUCCGGCCUCAUUUACGAAGAGACCCGAGGUGUGUUGAAGGUGUUCCUGGAGAAUGUCAUUCGGGACGCGGUCACCUACACGGAGCACGCCAAGCGCAAGACGGUCACUGCCAUGGACGUGGUGUACGCGCUCAAACGGCAGGGACGCACACUGUAUGGCUUCGGAGGUUAAGCUGCAGCUUCUGUGCUACGUGACAAUCCAAAGGCCCUUUUUAGGGCCAACCACCCAGUCAUCAGAAGAGCUAGACACUUGCCUGAAGUAUAGGUAACUUUGAAUUUGGGGGUUGGUUAGUAGUGGGAUCAGGAGUCUAGGAGGUACCGAUGCCCAAAAGUGCUAACAGCCCUGAAAACCCGAGUCACUUACCAAAAGCUGCCUUUCACUUGCCUGCGUCAAUUUUUGCUAGCCUGAAAGGCUAUACGUGCCCCAGAUUUAAAGCAUUUUUCAGUUUGCUUUUGGGCGUGUAUCAUUUGUAAUCGUUGGACCAGACUGUGGAAAGUGGUGUGUGUGGGUUUCACUUACCAGGUCUACAGUGAGGGAGUGGGCUGGGCGGCUUAACGCUGUGCG